AUGGAUGACGAACCCGUUGCGGAGAAGACAACUUUGGAAGAGGAUUCCCGGCAUUGGGAGCGCAUUCCUGCCGAGAACGACAUUCCAACAUAUUAUAUUUACACGGAACGUGUUCAAAGAAGCUAUAUGGAUGGCAGACGGUAUGCCGUAAUUCGUCUAGACAAUCACCUUGAAGCAACAGUCGUUAACGACGUCCACGCGAGCACGUCUGCUGCUUGCAUGAGUAUCGCGGCAGGAAGGUUCAAUGACCCAGAAGACAUGGCUGGUGCAGCCCACGCUUGCGAGCACUUGUUGUUCAUGGGAUCGAGGAAAUACCCGGAAGAAAACGCGUUCGACAAGUAUUGCGAUUUAAAUAGUGGCUACAACGGUGCAGGUACAGGUCCCUCUGACACCGAAUUUUACUUUCAAGUCGCUUCGGAUGCUCUUGCGGGCGCACUCAAUUAUUUUUCCGCAUUCUUUUACUGUCCGCUCUUUCAUGAAGACUCAGUGCUGCAUGAGAUAAAGGUGAUUGAUUCCGAGUAUUCAGGAGGUCUCCAAGACGAUUCCCGAAGACUAGAAUAUGUUGAAAAUUCACUUGCCCAUCCAGCACAUCCGUUGAGAAGACUCGGCACCGGAAACAAAGACACGCUGCUAGGGCAGUUUCUCGCCUUGAGAGCGCAUGAUAAGUCUGUCAAGGAUAAAACCGGACACUUGAGCAGAUCCCCAAGCGAAAAGUCCGGAAACAGUCACAGAAGCACAGAACCUUCGAGAACACAGAGUAGGUCGAACGUGCAGGUUGGCGACGGAGACGCACUGAAAGUUGCCGCUUUGAAAUCCAAGGAGAAGCUGAUUAGGUGGUGGGAGAAGGAAUAUUGUGCGGGAAGGAUGAGGCUGGUAGUAGUUGGGACAGAACCUCUCGCAAAGCUCAUCAGUAUGGUUGUGAAAAAUUUCUCACCGAUUAAAAACAGAGGACAAAACCCAGCCCCAAAAAUUGUUUAUGUCAAGACAAUCGAGAAAGCGUACAAAAUUAUCAUCGCCUUCCCCAUCGCCUGGCAGGCUGCCCUUUGGCGUGAAAAGCCUGCGUGGUUCCUUGUCCAUCUGCUUGGCCAUGAAGGCCCGGGUUCACUACAUGCGUACUUACAAAAGAAAGGAUGGCUCUUGAGUCUAGUCGCCGGAGUUGUGAAUCGUGGGCGUGGAAUUAGUUUGUUGCAGAUGUAUCUGCAGCUGACAAAAGACGGAUUCGAGAACCAUCGAGAAGUUAUAGUGGCCUGUUUCAAGUUCAUCAACCUGUUACACAAAUCCAAGUUUCCGGAGUGGAUGUGGAAAGAGCUGGAAUUGUGCGAAAAGCUGUCGUUUUGCUUCCACGGAGAUGCAGGAUCACUUUCUUUAGCCAGGAGGAUGGCUGAGUUAAUGGCGUAUCCCACGCCGCGUGCUCUUCUCAUCCGUGAGCCUGUACUGUUUUGGGAGUGGAACGAGGAUCUCGUCAAGGAAACAUCGAAGAAUUUAGAUAUUGAGAACUGUUAUAUUAUCGUGGCAGCUCAGAAUCACGAUCAGAUCCCGAAAGGAGCAACAUGGUGCAAAGAACGAUGGUAUGGAACAGAGCACAUUGAGAAACGCUUUGACACUAAAUUAAUCUCUGAGGCUCGCAAGGACAACGACAUUACCUAUUUUGCUUUGCCAGAAAGGAAUCCAUUCCUUCCUCAACAUCCACACAUUUACGGUGUACCCGUUGAUAAGCCGAAGAAAAGGCCCGCACUGUUGAGGCGCACUCCACUCAUGGAAGUGUGGCACAAGAGGAACGAUCGAUUCUGGACACCGGAUGCUAUUGUGCAUAUUGCAGCGCGGACGCCAGUUGCUGGAGCUACAACUCGAGCUAGAAUAUUGACCCAAAUGUUUGUAGACCUGGUGAAGGAUGCUUUUCACGAACACGGAUAUUUUGCAAAGGUUGCUGACCUGGACUAUAAGUUAUUCGAUGCCACUCGUGGUUUCGAAAUACAGAUUGAUGGCUACAGCGAUAAGCUGCUCAUUCUUGCUCACAGGAUUCUCGAUAAAUUCAAGCCUUUCGAGAUCCGAAAGGAUAGGCUAGAGGUUAUGAUCAAACAGGGACGACGAGCUUUGAAGAGUGACCGCCUUGGGAAACCGUUCGAGCUCUCCAGCUCUUACCUAUACUACCUUAUUCAAGAUGAUUGUCUAAGCACGGAAGAGAGGUCAGAAGCGUUGAAAAAUAUCACGGUUGAGGAACUUUCCAAACAUGUAAAGGCGCUGUUAUCCAUGCUGAAACUUGUAAUUCUAACCAAUGGUAAUUUAAGGAAGAAAGACGUUUUUGAACUUGCAUCCUUAGUCGAGAAAACAUUCGAGCCCGGAACAAUCCCAGAAAACGAAGUCCCUAAGCUGCGCUCGCGACUCCUUCCCAAAGGGUGCAGUUUUGUCUGGGAUUUACCUGUACCCAAUCCUAAGGAGGCCAACUCAAGCGUAUCAUAUUAUUGUCAUGUUGGCAAUAAGUCUGAUACACACACAUACGUUACAUGCUGUCUGCUUUCCAAAAUCUUGGCUGAGCCGGCGUUCGAUUUUCUUCGAACGAAAGAACAACUCGGAUACACAGUUUUUGCUAGUGCUUUGGCAGACAUUGAGUCGAUCGGUUGGUGCUUAGUGAUAGAAUCCGAGAUCGACUCGAGGUAUGUCGAGUCGCGCAUUGAUGCUUUCUUGAUGUAUAUGCGCAGAAUAAUCAGGGAUAUGACCGACAAAAUGUUUAAGAAUCAUAAAAGGUCACUUCAGAAGAUAUGGACAGAAAGGGAUGGCGGCAUGGCCAGAGAGACAGACAGGUUCUGGGGCACUAUUCAGGAUGGGUAUUAUGCUUUUAAAAAGCUCGAGAAAGACGCAAAACUACUUCCGAGUAUAUCGCUAGACGAGGUGUAUUCAAUGUUCAAGACGUGUCUCGACCCAUCGUCAACAACACGCUCCAAGCUUUCCAUUCAUAUGCGAUCUCAAUUACCACCUAAAGCCCCAGAAAAUCCACCACCUCCGAAUGUCAGCAGACACGCGUCUCAGAAGUUCCUCGAAUUGUUGCACAAAGAGCACAUUAUCGUAAGUAGAGAUGAAUACAACUGGCAGUGCGAGGUCGAACCAACUUUGCCUGAAAUGCAUGAAUAUCUAAAGAAGACCUGUUUUAGCGAAAUGCUCAAUAGCAAUCAUCGCAAAGUCAAGGACCUGUUUCGACAGCUAAAGAGUCUUGUGAAGAAUUAUCCAGCAGAGCCCGCCUUGAAAUCUACACAGAUUAAGGAUGGUACAAAGUUCAAGCAUAGUCUUGCUCUCUCUGGGUUUGCAACACCAGUUCAGACAUUUGAAGUGGAACAUCAAUAA